AAAGUCUUAAUUGGUAACAAGUAUGACUAUAUGAGUAACAGAGUAAUACGGAGUAUCCAAGAUUGAAUAUUAAACCGUUUGAUACAAAAAAUUUCGCAAAUUAAAUGGGUAUAGUCGUAUAGAUGCUAAUUGCUAAUGAAUAAUGAUGAUACGUUCCCCCUAAUAGAAAAGGCAAACACCCAAAAAUUCAAAAGACAGAGGUACUCUGUUUUAUUUCAUAAUCUUUCCCUCAAAAACCCAAUACCUAAAACCCUCGUACCACAUUUCAAAACCUCCUGAAAACCCCUAAAAUCCAAAAUUUUACUCAUCUUUCUCAAUCACAUGAGCUCAAGGAUUUUGUCUCUAAAUGGGUCUAUAAAGUAUCCUACUUUUUCCCCUUUUUAUAAUUCACAAACCCAAAAAAAAAAAAAAAAAAAAAAAUCUUCUGCCAUGAACAGAACUUUGAUCAGAAAGUGAAAGAAUCCAGCUAUAAAUUUUGAUCAUCAUUAUAAUUGCAGUGACCCAGAUAAUUUAGACUCAUGAUCAGGAUAAAAAGAGAAAUCAAUCCCCAAAAAAUAAAAUAAAAAUAAAAAUAAAAAUGGGACCCUCUUUAGCCUGCAAAAGAAAUGAGUGGAACUGCACCAAGUAAUGUAAUUUCUCUCUCCAAAUUCUCUGAUUUUUUUUAUUUUUGAUUUUUUUGGUUGUUGUUUUUGCAAUUGUGUAACGUGUGUGGUUGUUCUUCUUUUCUUUAUCCUGAAUUAUGGGUCCAUUUACCCUUUAAAUUAAAUUUUUUCAUGGCAAAAUUUUGACACUAUAUAUGCAAUAUUCCUUCUUUUAAUUUGGUUCUCUGAAAUGGGUUUCCUUGGACUUACACUUGUGUAUUUUACUUCGAAUAGUGUAAUACAGUAGUAAUUUCUGUGAAAAAAUUAUUUGGAUUUUUGCUUUUUAAUUCAGUUGGGUUGUUUGAUUCUUCAAAGUCAAGUGGGGAAAAAAAAAACCAUUUCCUGUUUCCUUUUUCAUUUUACUAUUCCCUUCCCUCAAUUUUAAUUCAGGUUUAAAAGUACUCCAUAUUCAACCGUUUACUAAACUCUUACUAAUCUAAAGUUGAGCCGGAAAUAUUAUCAAAGGGACAAGUCCUAUUUCCUAUUCCUUUUUCAUUUUACAAUUUUUUUUACUAUUAGAUUGUUAAGCCGAUAAGCUACCUAGUAAUGAGAAACUUAUUAGACUCUGACUAAUCCGACCUUUGAGUCGAGGGUAUUGUACUAUUGUCAAUGGGGAACUAUUUCACAAGUGGCACUUUCCUUUAGAAUCACAAUUUUACAAUUGUAGCACUGUUGGAGGGAAAAGAGGCAACCAAUGAUUUCUUGUUUUGGGUAGUCCUUAGGAAACACAUUUGGGAAGGGCUAUAAUUAUUUUUCCAUCUAACAUAAAAAGGAACUCUCAACACUCAUUUCAAAUCCUUCACUUCAAUUUCUGAGGUUUUUUAGAUUUGGUUGUAAAAUCAAUCAAGUCUUACUUACAUUUGGGUCAUUUGGUGGCUUGAAUAUUCUUGAUCCUCUUCAUUGUUUUGUUUACUUUUGGCAUAGUUUUUGAGUGGCAAAAGUUGAGAUGUUUUUUAAUUGCUCUUAAGAAGAACUGUAAAGAAAGGUAAACUAAUGAAAUUUGCAAGUCUAUAAUCUCUGAAGAUGAUUGACCUGAGCUGAUACCGGCACACAGGCUUACCAAACGUGGGUGGUGAACCAUGGCGCUGUCUACCUGGUGAGGUGAAUGCCUGAUUUGUUUGUUGCAAUAAUCUGAAAGAUUUACUGGUUGAGGAUCAUGGACAGUGAGCCACAUAUGCAGUUAGAUCUUCCCAGCUGUAUACCUACAGUCAUUGAUGGAAUGCCUCAAUCAUUGUCAGAGUCACAGUUUCGAACUGCUUUCUACCAACUGCACUCUCAGAAUGACAGCAUGCUUGGACUUCCAUUGCUUCCAUCUUUUCAAGGGCAAUCCUUUAAAGAUAUGCAUGCUGAUAAAACUGUCUGCUUUGAUGGACUAAUAAACCGAGGUAACUUCAAUUAUGAAGAGCGUUGCUUGGGAGACGCCUCUUUUACUUCUGGUUCAUUACCUACCAUUCUAGCCAGCAGAAAUGGAUUCAAUAAUGAUGCGAACAAUUCAAUAAUUUCUCUUCAACAAGAGGUUCCAUCCGAAUCUCUAAGAGCAAUGUUCUCAGGUGGCUGCUCCUAUGCCUCAAGUUCCUCCAUUCCAACCACUCUAAACAGUGGCUAUGAUGGUUCAUUUGGUGAUGUAAAUGACAAAUGGGACCAUAACAGAUUUCUGAUGCAGCAAGAAAUGAACUGGAGACCAUCAACUUCUGAACUUGAACCAAUACGAUUCAAUGGAAGUCAAGUUGCAAAUAAUGAGUGGGUAUUGCCAAGCUCCACACAUGUUUGCACAAGUCAUCCUUAUGGAACCUCUAGAUCUCAUAAUGAGCUCUCUCUGAGUCUUGCUACUUGUGAGCCGUCUCUUCCCUCGGACUUGAGUUGCUCUGGUGUUAUUAACAGUUCUCAGUCUCAAACUAGGUUAGGCUCAGAACAUAAGUCUCAUCGCAGCAAGGAGCUCUCCCUUGGUAGCACUUCUAAAAAUAGGCCUGUCCAGUUCCCACCAGUAACACCUGGCUCGAGAUAUGUUUCAGUGAUGCAGCAAAUUCUUUCAGAAAUCUCAAGUUACUCACUUGACAGUUUAGACAAGAACAGUUAUAACGGUGAUAAAAGUUUAGUGAACUCGAGUUCAAGUCAUCCUUUCUCUUCUAACAACUUCUUUGAUCCGGGGGCUUCAUUCAAGAAUACCAACGAGUUUCAUGACAAUGAUGGAUUAUUUGAAGUUCCAGCCGGAAGCUCAAAGAGGUCACAGAUGUUAGCUCUGUUACAAAUGGUGGAUGAUCGGUACAAUCGCUGCUUAGAUGAGAUACACAUGGUAAUAUCUGCAUUCCAUGCUGCAACUGAACUGGACCCUCAAUUACAUUCUUGUUUUGCCCUUCAAACAAUCUCAUUCUUCUACAAAAAUCUGAGGGAGAGGAUUAGCAAUCAAAUCCUAGCAAUGGGAAUGGAUAAUGGAAAUGCUCGAGAAAGUGGGAUAACCAUUGACAAAUCUUUCAUUCAUAAGCAGUGGGCGAUCCAGCAAUUGAAGAGAAAAGAUCAACUCUGGAGACCUCAGAGAGGCUUGCCAGAGAGAUCUGUUUCAGUAUUACGAGCAUGGAUGUUCGACAACUUUCUUCACCCGUAUCCUAAAGAUGCAGAGAAGCACUUGCUUGCUAUUAAAAGUGGAUUAACAAGAAGCCAGGUUUCGAAUUGGUUCAUCAAUGCCCGUGUUCGUCUCUGGAAGCCUCUAGUUGAAGAUAUGUGUGCAGAAAUAAAAAAGAAAAAGGGAAGCCAACAAAACGACGAAGGAACCAGCAAUAGUAGUAACAAUAAUAGAAGCCAAUUAAGGAUCUACGACUACGAUCAGAGAUUCAGCAAUUGAAAAGGGCAGUGCAGUUACUGGUAGGCUUUAGCUACUUGGUAAGGUGAAUAUGAAUAUAAAUUACAUAUGUUUAUAUAGUAAGUAUAUAGUAUUAGCUAUUGCGUAGAAGAUUAAUGCAAUUGUACAUAAAUGCUUAUUUGAGGACUUCACUACUUCCUUGGUUGCUACAAUUUUGCCAGCUUCCUUUGGUUCUGAGGGUUGUCUUGAUUAGCAUUUGGGUAGAAUCUAAGAAUCACAUUUUGAUAAUUUUGUAAGAGAAUUAUAAAAAAACUAUGUUGAAGGAUGUUUGCAAAUUCUAUCAUACACUCAAGUAUACCUAAAGAAAUGUGCACGACGAGUCAUUAUAUUUGGUACACGUUGUAUUCCUAUAUAGACAAUC